UCCCAAAAACAGAAGAGAGUACCAUUUGUCAGAUUUGUAGUGACGUGGGAAAAUGUCGGAGAUGAAGUCAAUUGCGGUGGUGGGCGGCGGCCAAAUGGGUUCAGGUAUAGCCCAACUCGCCGCCAUGCACGGAUGCGAUGCUUGGCUCCUAGACACCGACCCUAGUGCUCUAACCAGAGCCAACAAGUCCAUCACCCACUCCAUCCAGCGCCUCGUUUCCAAAGGACAACUCACUCAGGCUGUUGGUAAAGAUGCUUUGGGCCGUCUGCGGUAUACCUCAAACUUGCAAGAACUUUCUUCAGCAGAUGUUAUUAUUGAAGCUAUUGUGGAGUCUGAAGAUGUGAAGAAAAAGCUAUUUAUUGAACUAGAUAAGAUCACAAAAAGUUCUGCCAUACUGGCAUCUAAUACAAGUUCCAUCUCCAUUACUCGUCUGGCAUCAGCAACUAGCAGGCCGAAGCAGGUGAUUGGCAUGCAUUUUAUGAACCCUCCUCCUAUAAUGAAACUUGUUGAGAUCGUGCGAGGAGCAGACACAUCCGAUGAGACUUUUAAUGCUACAAAAGCAUUGGCAGAAAGGUUUGGCAAGACAGUGAUAUGCUCUCGGGAUUAUGCCGGCUUUGUUGUAAACAGGAUCCUAAUGCCGAUGAUAAAUGAAGCAUUUUUUACACUCUAUACUGGUGUGGCAACAAAGGAAGACAUUGAUGUGGGAAUGAAGUUGGGAACAAAUCAUCCAAUGGGUCCUUUAGAGCUUGCAGAUUUCAUUGGAUUGGAUGUCUGCUUAUCAAUCAUGAAAGUUCUCCAUGCUGGCCUUGGCGACAGUAAAUAUGCUCCCUGCCCACUUCUUGUACAGUAUGUUGAUGCAGGUCGACUCGGAAGAAAACGAGGUAUUGGGGUAUACGAUUAUUGUCAAAUGCCUGAUGCAGUAAAACCUUCUUCCAAGCUUUGAAUUCUGGGCUUACUUGGAAUAGCAAACUGCUUUUGUCUAUAUGGUACCUCCCAGUUCACUUGGAAUAAUCGUGCAACAAAUGUUGGUGGCCAAGCAGCUUACUGUUGUGUUGUUUACAGUCUUGUUCACAUUGAGCUUGCAGUGGGAUAUUAAUCAUGAGUUGCUAAACAUGAUGCACCAAAUUUUAUGGAAAGGGAGCCCAAUAAAGAUGUAUUUACAUAAUUAAUAGGAGAGGGGGAUCUUGAUAGAAGAAUGUUUCCAGAAGCCUGUAAACAGAUUGUAGCUUGUGUAACCUUUUCCUUCAUAAAGGAGCACAAGCCUGUAAACUGAUACAACCCCAUGCUUGGUAUGGCUUGGAGGUAUUCUUCUACGUGCUUGGUAUUUGAUAGAGUUAAAA